UAAAGGGAGUGGUUAAGAACCAAGUCUCAAGGGUUGGUCUUCUGCCCGACUUUCAUUUCCAUUGAUCAUUUGUCCACAUGCUGGAGGAGAGAGAGCUCAGAGAAAGGGGCAGUAGGAAGGUAAUGAAACGCAUGUGAAACAUGAGGAGAGAAAUUGCUGCUGUGGUAUUCUUCCUGAAGAGGCUUGUAAUAAAGGGGGGGAAGUUGGAGAAACACAAGAUCGAUCUGUUUGUUGAGAGGCUGACUGUUGCACUGCAGGAGAAGUUCAAGGGGCACUGGUACCCUGGAAACCCCAGCAAAGGACAAGCAUACAGGUGCAUCCGAGUGAACAGGGUCCACGGGCAGGAUCCAGAGCUCCUUCGGGCCUGCCAAGAGAGUGCGGUUCAGUACAGUGACCUGGCACUGUCCCGGGAGCUCACAUUGUGGGUGGACCCUGGAGAGGUCUGUUGCAGGCACGGAGAGCAAAACCCUUGGUUCUCUGUGGCCACUUUCUCUGAUGAUGAGGAUGACAAAGAGGUUGCAAAGGUGACUAAGGCUUUGGAGAGGGUUACAUCAGACUACCACUCAGGAUCAUCCUCUGAUGAGGAGGUAGCACGCACUUCCCCCCACACUGUGCACAACAGCCGCUGGGAAUACAAGGCAAUAAAUCCUGCUGCUCCCUCGUGGCAUCCUAAGAAGAUGGUACCAGGGAACGUUCACAUCUUUCCACAGCCUCACUACGGCUUCAGGCCCCACAGCAGAGUGCCCCACACUCUAAGGCCUAAUAUGUGGGUCCCCCCUGCAUAUGGAAGAAGGCCCAUGUACUGGCCCCCCCCAAAAAAUGCGGCACAUUAUUACAAUUAGGAAUCAUGGUGCUUUUGGUUCACACUAGACAUUAAAGCUGAAGACAACUUUAAAAUGACUGAAAAAUGAUUUUUUUAAACAUGAAGUUUUACAGAUGUAUAUUGAUUGUUUUUGAUGAAAAAAUAUAUUUUUGCACUUUAGACAGUUUGUUAUACUAUAUAUUAAUCACGUGUAUGAAUUAGAUAUUGAAUUGGAAUACUACACAAGUUGAAGUACUGUAUUUUUACAAUGGGGAAAUGUUCUGUGUACAACAUACUUUGUCCUUUUUUGUGAUAAAAUGUUUUAUUUAUUAAUAGGGCAGAAUUGUCAGAUAUAUAUGAAGACUUACAUUUAUGGAGUUGUAUUAAACACAAUUUUCAAGCGUCA